AUAGUCUGGGGCCUCUACCUAGAACUGGUUUCCAAACUGGCGGAUGAGGAAUGUAGAAACGUGACGCUUUUUUUACGCCGUUUCAAAGGAGAGUUGCGGCGUCUGAUCGAAGAGGACACUUUAGGGCUGUCGCACGAGCAGUUACUGGAAGCAGAAAGAGGGCCUGUCGUCGUUGUAGGCGCAUCACCUAUGGCGCUGUUGGAGCGGACUCGAUGGGGUGCGUCUCGUUCACGGAGUCUCUCACACAAAAAGAAGCCUAACGGACCAUCAGGAGGGAUGAUGCUGUUCUACCAUGAUAGGAACGAGCGGACGCGGAAGAAGAGAGAGAAGGAACAAGCUGAGAAAUGUUACGAGGCAUCAAGAUUAACCUGUGUUUCCAUUUCGAACAAACGCAAUCGAGGUUGAAUCUAUCGAAUGAGAAUACCGUGUUGAAAAUGACCCAAAUAAAGCGUAUUGGUAUUCAAUUGUGGGUCCACGUCUAAGACAUGUGCAGUAAAAUUAUCGAACAAAGAGACGCAGAAAAACUUGAGGGUCAACAUGAUGAUGUGUCACAGCUGGCAGAAGAGGAUGUUAAGGGAAAGGACGAGCCUGUAGGUACGCAGAGCGAGAGGGACACGGCAAGCCAAGGAGAGGAGACGCUUGUCCGACAGAAUGCAUCGAGUCCCGCUUUCAGUGAGGCAUCUCAGGAGGGGCAAGAUUAAGGGGUGAAAGUUGAGCUCUCUGUAAGCAUAUCUAUGACCUUCUCAAGUAGUAGGAAAGUCAUAGAUGUGCGACCUAGAUCGGUCAACUUGCAACCCCUAACAAGAAAUAAGCCCCAAGAUUCUUCCAGGACUUGAGGGCUCUCACACCGCAGCUCCCAACCCCCUGGGAAAACCGGAGAAAGCUUCAUCAGGCCUGUUAGGCGCAACGAGUAGUUCAUCUUUUCGAAGCCCAGCGACUCUUGGUUCUGGUCGGGCGAGGAGAAAUGUAUGGAGAUGUUUUGACUGUAGUUAGUGCUGUCUCGUUUUUUCUUUACUUCUUAGUCAUCAUGUUUACGUGAACUCACGUCUUAGCAUCGACGGACACAAAUAACGCAUGCUAUUGCUAGCGUAGCAGGUGAACUCCCUUCCCCAAAGAUUUCCCUCUCCCCAACGCACGUUUCAUACCCUCCCGGUGGUACUGCGUCUCUAUCAGCAAUGCGGCACCCUCAGCUCAGGGCGCAGCGGAAACGACUAGGGGAGGCACGGACGGCGUUUUCAGGGCCUUCAGAGUCUCAAUCGUGGGCAGAGCAUAGUCAAAAAGCUGUAGAUUUACGCAACAGAAGAUUCUUCUUCGUCUCAGUAGAAGUUCAACUUGUAAUAUUAUGUUGCCUUUGUCCCUCUUACCAUCCUCUGGUGUUCUUUUAGGAAGUGUUUUGUCUUGCUGAUGGUAGAGAGUGAACAUUUGCGACACAAUGAUGACGGUGAUGAUGAUGAUGAUAAUGUGUCGUCGCUCUACUUGACUCCCACGCUGUCCGUGGAACAAUGGACAAGGGUAUGAAUUCAUCCGUUUAUGAUUGUAUCAUCUUUACUGUGUACUAGCAAUGAUCUUGAUCAUGUUAUGCAACGUCGGGAGGUCUGCUCUGUCUUCUACUUCUAUUUACAGAAAGUGAUAGGCUUCACCGUUCUUGUAGCUCUUCUAACCUCCCUGAUCAUGCGACGGGUCACCUACCGGACAUGGAAAGUGGUCGUGGACAAUUUCGCUCCGCUUUUUGACCCGUUUGAAGCGGGCAAAAGUAGUUCCGUAGGCGGUUUUGGCGGCAGCGCUUUUGGAGGAGGGCAGCAACUUAAUGAAUGGCUACUGCAGAAAGGUAUUUUUUUAAUUUUUAGGAGGAUGUUCAAAGCUUGUUUACCUAGUACUCGUAGUUCAUCUCUUCUACUUCAAAGUAAGAAAUUCGUAGAAGAGAUGAACUACAAGUACAAAAGGUUGUGUAUGUACUGAAAUGUUGUUGUUUAUGUACUAGGGGAGAUUCAGGAGCAGGAUGUGCGAUUGACAAAGUCGCCUUCGCACGCUGGGUUCACACCUAUUCAGGUUCGCUGCGAUUGAUAAAGUCGCCUUCGCACGUACACAACUAUUCAGGUGUACCUCCCGAUCUCGGUCACGAACGCAGUCCCUCUAGUAGGGAUUCCGAGUUUCUACCCCGUCUCGUAUGGAAUGAUGUGAUAGGGCAGGAAGGCGAAGACGCUAAGGGGAGAAUUGGAGGGACUAAGAAUUAUGGAGGUUACGUGUAGAAGUUCAGGUUUAGAAAAACAAAAAGAAGAAUUUGGAGUUCUAUAAUCUCAGAGGUCGUUCACAUCGACAUCAGCAGCAACAGCGAAUUUUGAAGAAUUAAAAAACACUCACAGCACUACAUGAGAACUACACUUCUGAAUGGUUCUGGUAUUUGGUAACCUGAUUUCGAUCAUAAGGAAAACAAGAACAAGAAGAGAAUCCUUGUAAUCAAAUUCAGGUUACCAAAUACCAGAACCGUACAACUUCUUCUUUCUAACUAACGAGCCUACACCUCUUCUUUCUAACUAGAAACCUCGACGAGCACCAAGUCCACCCUCAACGGGGCAUCUGGG